AUGGCUGUUAACUGUGCCGGCAAGUGGCUAGCAGUCCCGGCGAGAAGGGUAUGGGGCAUGCCAAUCCAAACGAAGGCUGUGGCCCUACCAGCAACUUGCCAGCAAGAGACAGCUCUCAUGCACGAGGACGAGAAAAUCAAGCACAGCAAUGAGACAGACGAGCGCGCAGGACAAUGUGCCAUCGAGAUCGUGGAGGGUCUCUGUGAGAUCUCAUGUGGGCACAUUACAGAAAGCAACGAUGAAGUUUUUCGAGGGGCUGCUGUCGACACCAUCUCUUCAUCGGGAUCCAGGCUCGAGAAACAGAAGAGGAGACUAGAAGCUAUCACGAAAUUGAAUAAGUCAGACUCAACAGCGACCAACGGUGAUUAUUCUCUCUUAGGUCAUGCAACAGAAGUCCAUCGCCCUCGAGAUGCUCCCAAGAUCGUUUCACCAGAUAUUACGUAUGCCGCGUUUACGGAGCGCCUGCGCGAUCAUCAUGGAUCGCCUCUUGACGCUUUGUCUAGUCUAUCACUCACAAAUCAGAGAAUCGAGCAUCCGCGAUCUGCCCCCGGCGCUCCGGUCUCGCCAAAGGGGGCUGCACUGGACUUCAUCAAGCGACGGGGCAGCACAUCGACGAGGAGACCUCCCAGGUCCAACUCGAUAUCGAACAACUUUCGCAGACUAGGUAUUGAUGUUCCUUCUGCCAGAUCCAUUAAGAAGACCGACCUGGACAGCGACAGUCCAGAUUGGGCGUGCCAAACGUCCUUGGCUAUCGAAUCUGGCCGGAUAUCGAUGGACAGCGUGAGCAAGAAAAGCCGGGAGUCGAUGAGGUCCAAGCAUAUCGCAAAAGCAACACACAGUACCGACGAGAGACGAAACACGUACCCGUUGCCUCGCGGUGAUCGUAGUCCGACAUCUCCUCAUUUUCCCAGGCAUUCAGAAGGUGCGCCUCACGCUUUACGAUUAAGUGCUGCUCGCAAGUCUGCAAGGCUCGUGGGGAUGGAGAUCGCAUCGCCGAACAAGGCGCCUUCCAAACAUGACAGUGUGCACGUCCCCCCGGCCAUCGAUCUGAACAAGAGCCUACCCCCACUACCUCUGCGGGAUAUUGAUGAUGAAGGAAAGGAGUGGGAGAUAUCUGCUUGA